AAUAAACAUUUUUAUUCUAUGGUUUUUGAAAAAAUAAAAAGGAAACGAAUUGUAUGGAAAGAGAAAUUGUUAUUGCGACUCUUGAGAAAUAGAGAGGACCAAAACCUAAAAAGUGAAACCCUAGAUUUCUUUCUUGUGCAGAUAGAGAAUUACCCAAUUCUUUUAUUUGAUUUUUUUAUUUUUCAGAUCCAAAGAGAAAGACACAAGCUUCCUUUCAUUUCCAAGCUGAGAUCCUGCCCUGUUAUUGUUAUUUCAAGGGGAAAGCAAUAUUCAGUUCUGUUUGUAAGCUUGCGAUCUUGUGAUAGAUUUUGCGAGCGAGUUGUAAAGGGUUGUUUUAAAAUAAGAUUGUGAAAAUGAUGUCAAGAUCAUAUACCAAUCUCUUAGAUCUAGCCUCCGGAAACUUUCCCGUAAUGGGUCAACCCCGUGAAAAGAAGAGAUUACCUCGUGUGAUGACUGUUCCUGGGGUCAUUUCUGAGCUUGAUGAUGAUCAGGCCAAUAGCGUGGCCUCAGAUGUACCCUCUUCGUUGGUUCAGGACCGUAUAAUCAUUGUGGCUAAUCAGCUACCGGUAAAAGCUAAGCGCAGACCGGAUAAUAAAGGAUGGAGUUUUAGCUGGGAUGAUGACUCUUUGUUAUUGCAGUUAAAAGAUGGUUUGCCUGAAGAUAUGGAGGUUAUAUAUGUUGGUUCUUUGCGAGUUGAAGUUGAUAUGAGUGAACAAGAUGAUGUGUCGCAGCUAUUGCUGGAUAGAUUUAAGUGUGUCCCAGCAUUUUUGCCUCCUGAUAUUUUGUCCAAGUUUUAUCAUGGGUUCUGUAAGCAACAUUUAUGGCCACUUUUUCAUUACAUGCUUCCAUUUUCGGCUAACCAUGGUGGAAGGUUCGAUCGAUCUUUGUGGGAGGCAUAUGUGGCGGCAAAUAAGAUCUUUUCACAAAGGGUCAUUGAGGUUAUAAACCCAGAGGAUGACUAUGUCUGGAUUCACGACUAUCAUUUAAUGGUGCUGCCGACAUUUUUGAGAAGAAGAUUUAAUAGAUUGAGAAUGGGUUUCUUUCUUCAUAGUCCAUUCCCUUCAUCUGAGAUAUAUAGGACGUUACCUGUGAGGGAAGAGAUCCUUAAGGCACUACUGAAUUCAGAUCUUAUUGGUUUUCACACUUUUGAUUAUGCACGUCAUUUCCUCUCUUGCUGCAGUCGAAUGUUAGGUUUAGAGUAUCAGUCAAAGAGAGGUUAUAUAGGGUUGGAGUAUUAUGGAAGGACGGUGGGAAUAAAGAUCAUGCCUGUGGGGAUUCACAUGGGUCAGAUUCAGUCUGUGUUGAAACUUGCAGAUAAGGAAUGGAGAGUAGGAGAGCUUAAACAGCAGUUUGAAGGGAAGACUGUUUUACUUGGGGUUGAUGAUAUGGACAUUUUUAAAGGUGUCAAUUUGAAGCUUUUGGCAAUGGAACAGAUGCUGAAGCAGCAUCCAAAGUGGCAGGGCAGGGCAGUUUUGGUACAGAUUGCUAACCCUGCAAGAGGAAAAGGGAAAGAUUUGUUGGAGAUACAGGCUGAGAUACAGGCAAGCUGCAAGAGGAUUAAUGAGUCCUUCGGUCAACCUGGCUAUGAACCAAUUGUGUUCAUUGAUAGGCCAGUCUCUCUGAGUGAAAGAGCUGCGUAUUACACCAUUGCUGAGUGUGUUGUAGUGGCUGCUGUGAGGGAUGGGAUGAAUCUUACUCCUUAUGAGUACAUAGUGUGCAGACAAGGCGUCUCUGGGUCAGAAUCUAGUUCAGAAUCCAAUGGACCUAAGAAGAGCAUGCUGGCAGUAUCAGAGUUCAUUGGUUGUUCUCCUUCACUCAGUGGUGCGAUUCGUGUCAAUCCAUGGAACAUUGAAGCAACUGCUGAGGCAAUGAAUGAGGCUAUUUCAAUGUCUGAUUCGGAGAAGCAAUUGCGCCAUGAGAAACAUUACAGGUAUGUUAGCACACAUGAUGUUGCGUACUGGGCAAGAAGCUUCUUCCAAGACAUGGAAAGGACCUGCAGAGACCAUUUCAGAAGACGCUGUUGGGGGAUUGGCUUAAGCUUUGGUUUCAGAGUUGUUGCACUUGAUCCCAAUUUCCGAAAGUUGUCAAUUGAUGCCAUUGUCUCUGCAUAUUUAAGGUCCAAAAACAGGGCUAUAUUAUUGGACUAUGAUGGAACUGUAAUGCCUCAAACAUCCAUCAACAAGAGCCCGAGUCAAGAGGUCAUUUCUAUUAUAGAUACUCUCUGCAGUGAUGCAAAAAACACUGUGUUUGUUGUCAGUGGAAGAGGUAGGGACAGUUUAGGCAAGUGGUUUUCUCCUUGCAGGAAGCUUGGAAUUGCAGCUGAGCAUGGGUAUUUCAUGAGGUGGUCUGCGGAUCGGCAGUGGGAGACUUGUGGGCAGACGACUGAUUUUGGAUGGAUACAGAUGGCAGAGCCUGUCAUGAAAUUGUAUACAGAGUCAACUGAUGGCUCUUCUAUUGAGACCAAAGAGAGUGCCUUAGUAUGGCAUCAUAGGGAUGCUGAUCCAGGUUUUGGUGCCAGCCAGGCCAAGGAGAUGUUGGACCAUCUCGAAAGUGUGCUAGCAAAUGAACCUGUUGCUGUAAAAAGUGGUCAGUUUAUCGUGGAAGUGAAGCCACAGGGAAUCAGUAAAGGUUUUGUUGCAGAAAAGAUCUUUACAUCGAUGGCUGAAAAUGGAAGGCAAGCUGAUUUUGUGUUGUGCAUCGGUGACGACAGAUCAGAUGAGGACAUGUUUGAAAUAAUUGGCAAUGCAAUAUCAAGUGGGGUCCUUUCUUCAAGCACGUCUGUUUUUGCCUGUACUGUUGGACAAAAACCAAGCAAAGCCAAGUACUAUGUGGAUGACACAGGUGAGGUUAUAAACAUGCUUGAAGCUCUUGCUGAAGCUUCGAGUCCAUCCCCCUCUCCACCAAAUUCCCCUUGAGAUCUUCUUUGCCGCGGUAUAAGGUCGCAGCUCCCUUAGCCAAUCGGGGAAAGUAAACCAAGCUGGCGUGUGAUUAAGGUGACGAAUCAUUUUGUGCUCUUGUUGGAAGCGACAUUGCAUGGCCUUCUGGUUAAUUAUCGAGGCCAGUUGAUAGAGAUGGGGUUUGCUUGGAUUGUGAAUGACAUAAACAGUGAAUAGUUGGAAACAGCAUUGUUGCCUUAGAAAAGAAAGAAAUAUUAUUUUUUUGAACUCGAGCAACUGGGGUUGAGGAGACGGUGAAUUCAUAUGUGAAGACUGACUUGGAAAUGAAACAAAAUUCAAAAUAAAGGAGCAUGUCUGGAGGCCACCUUUUGUAGGAUGACAUACGCGGUGGGGCAUGAAAAUUCAAUUGCAAUCUUGCCAGGAAGUAAUUCUGAUGGUGGGAAGUUGAACUUUUGGUGGUAGCAUAAGCAGAAUAUCAGCUGGUUUUAAGUUGCCCUGUUGAACAAAUGAUAUACUGGUACCAAUUUUAUUUUAUUUUUCUUUCUUAAAAAAAAAAAAGGGAACUUCGGAGUGAAUUUUUUUUUCUUACCUUUUUCUUUUUACUUCUAUUAAUUGCAUUGCUAGUUAAAUCUGUAAAUCUAUAGUAAAAUUGGCAAUUUUAGUGGUCUUUUUGCAACCACUGUUCUGAACGAUCGUACUGUGAUAAUUUGUGUUCAAAGUUAUCAGCAUAUGUUGGCAUUGUUUGUUGGAGAAUUGUAAAGAGUAGUUAAUGCAGUACGGAAGAAAUGUAUUUUACGAGUUA